GUUCCUCUCGGGUAGCCCAGAACGCGAUGAUGGCCGCCGCCCCGGCCGAGAAGAGGACGUGCCUGCACCCGGGUUGCAGCACUCGGCCCAAGUACGGGGACAAAGAGACGGACUCGACGGACUACUGUACACGGCACGCGAAGGCCUGGAUGGUGAACAACACCAGCAAGCGGAGGUCCUGUCAUGAGCCCGGGUGCCUUACUCAACCAUCGUACGGGCUCGAAUCCAGCAACCGGCCCGAAUACUGCGCUCGACACGCUCCGGACGGCCUCGUCAACGUCCGGUCCAAGAGGUGUGCCCACCCAACCUGUACCAGGCAACCCAGGUUCGGCGCCGAGGGCAGCAAGAGGCCGGAGUUUUGCGCGCGACACUGCGCGGAAGGCAUGGUCGACGUCUGCAACAAGAGGUGCGGCCACCCUGGCUGCAAGACGCAAGCAAGGUACGGAGCGGCCGGCAGUAAGAAGCCUGAGUACUGUGCGGGGCACUCACAUGACGGGAUGGUCGACGUCCUCAACAAGCGGUGCGGCCACCCGGGCUGCAAGACGCGCGCCAGCUUCGGGAACCAAGACAGCAAGAAGGCCGAGUUCUGUUCGAGGCACUCGCGCGAGGGCAUGAUUAGCCUCCUCAACAAGCGGUGCAACCACCCGGGCUGCAAGACGCGCGCGAGCUUCGGGACGAAGACCAACAGGAAGCCGGAGUACUGUGCGCGUCACUGCGCCGAAGGCAUGAUCAACGUCCGGUGCAGCAACAAGUGCGGCUACCGGGAUUGCAAGACGCGAGCGAGCUACGGCUUGGAGAGCAGGAGGAUCGCCGAGCUGUGUGCAAAGCACGCUAGACAAGGUAUGAUCAACGUGUACUCCAAGAAGCGCGGCCACAACCUGGACGACAGUGGUGGUGGGGAUGGUGGUGGCGGCGGCAGCGCCGGCAGCGCCGGCGGUGGCUCUGAGCAUGAACCGUCCGGGGAUAGGGGUCGCGAAAAGCGGAAGCUGGUAGAGGCCGGGGCCUGUCAACAUCAUCGGCGGAAGGAGGGGGCAUCGGCGGCGGGAGCGGCGGCAAGAAACAAGCCUCCGUAGAGAACGACCGCUACUACUGCUGCGUUGAAGUUGAAGUUUGGGAAGAAGGAAGGGACACGUCUCGACGGCAGGGGUGACGCGGGGGCGCGCGGGGUGGACGGGUUCGCGGGGGGAAAUACGGCGCGAGCAGGAGAAGCGAGGUGCGGCGGCUGCGCGGUGAAUGCCCGGAGCGUGAGAAAGGAAGGGGUAUGGGUCAAAGGCAGAUGGAGGCGUUGUGGAAGAGAAGUGAAACCCUGGGGUGUUCGUGGUCGGUGAACUCCGCGNCCCCCCCCCCCCCGUCAGACAUGGACACAUCUUUCAUGUGGUACUCAUGGCAUGUGCUGUGUUCUAUACCCAGGAGAGUGGUGCUAUCUCCUCCACAUACCUUCGGCUCUCGCACGUAGCGCAGCCACCCGCGGCAGCAAGGGUGGAAGGGGGAGCGCCCAAGUGCACAAUUUGGGGUCUGCGGUCGGUGACACGCACAGAUGAACGGUAACAGUGAUCCCGGGAAGCCGGCGUUUUUUUUUCGCUGUGCACUUUUGCGGAAUGUACCACAUUGUUGAGCGCGGGGUGCAGGAAGUAGUCAUCAUCGAUUGACACAUUGGGUUUCCUCGUACUCCACGCAGUAUAACAGAGACGAUGCCUCUUCCUGUUGCCCUCUCUCUCCCCAGACCAUCGUACGUGGCAUACUGCCUGCCGAGGCCGCUCCAGCUGUGCUCAUUUAUUUCUUUUGGCGCCGUGUCUCGAUUUUGUUUUUCAUCUGCUGGGUUGUUUGCUCCCCCUCCGCCAUCAACACGAUGAUUAUGACGAUGAUGUCUGUCCGCUCUUUGUUCUUUCUCGUUCAU